AAAGAACUGUCCAUGCUGAGAGGAUCUGGAGUUCUCCCGGACACGAGCCCGUUGAAUAAAGCAAAUCACAUUUUUUUUUCCUGUGUGUGCAGAUAGGGGAGAGAAUAAAUCUAAUGCGUUUGUCGUGAACGACUGAGAGGGCGAGAGAGAGAGAGAGAGAAGAGAGAGUGUGAAUUGUAGUUAACUCCGGUGUCGAAGAAGACGACCUGGGGGGCUUCAGAUCGCACGGUGCUGCUCCGGCUUUUAUUGCAAACCUUGCAAAGUGAUUACAGUAAAAUCAGGAAGAGGAGGAGAAGGGGGAGGAGGAGGAAAAUCCCAUCCUAUCUGCCGAGAUGAAUCUUUAAAAAGCAAAAUACACUGUCCCGUGAACUGUAAGUAUAUCGCAGCUGGGAGGCAGGGCGAGCAGCGGAGGAGGCAGCAGCGGGGUUUUGCCUACCGAUUGCACCAGCCAUGAGGCGCUAAGUUUCCGGGAGCAGGAUUCUAUAAUUGCUCGCUCGGCCGCUUUGUUGGCUCAUCAGGGGAGUUUAUCGGGGAGUGAGAGGAGGGGGGGGGGGGGGCCGAGGAAAAGAAGAUGAGGAAAAUGCGGACUCUUCUCGGCUUUGUGCACUGCUGCUGCUGCUGCUUCUUGCUCCUCCUGCCUCCGCCGCUCCGGGUCAGCCUGGCAGCGGCCAAGCAGCUUCUGAGGUACCGAUUAGCCGAGGAGGGACCAGCCGACAUCCGCAUCGGCAACGUGGCCGCCGACCUGGGCAUCGUGACGGGCUCCGGAGAGGUGACAUUCAGCCUGGAAUCAGGCUCUGACUACCUCAAGAUCGAUAACAUGACCGGGGAGCUGAGCACCACGGAGCGGCGCAUCGACCGCGAGAAGCUGCCGCAGUGCCAGAUGAUCUUCGAUGAGAACGAGUGCUUCUUGGACUUCGAGGUGUCGGUCAUCGGCCCCUCGCAGAGCUGGGUGGACCUCUUCGAGGGCCGGGUCAUCAUCCUGGACAUCAAUGACAACACCCCCACCUUCCCUUCCCCCGUCCUCACGCUCACCGUGGAGGAGAACCGGCCCGUGGGGACUCUCUACCUGCUCCCCACCGCCACCGACAGGGACUUCGGCCGCAACGGCAUCGAGCGCUACGAGCUGCUGCAGGAACCCGGCGGAGACGUGGGACGGCGCGGCGGCGGAGGCGGCGGCGGCGGCGGCGGAGGCGGGGGGGGCGGUGCUGCGGCGGCCGGCUCGGAGAGCGCCCUCUACCCCGGCGGCAGCAAGCGGAGGCAGGAGGCGGAGGCCCGCAGCAGCGUGUUUGAGCUGCAGGUGGCCGACACCCUGGACGGGGAGAAGCAGCCGCAGCUGAUCGUCAAGGGGGCGCUAGACCGUGAGCAGCGGGACUCCUACGAACUGAGCCUGCGCGUGCGCGACGGCGGCGAGCCGGCACGUUCCUCGCAGGCCAUCCUGCGGGUGCUGAUCACCGACGUGAACGACAACAGCCCCCGCUUCGAGAAGAGCGUCUACGAGGCCGACCUGGCGGAGAACAGCAGCCCCGGGACCCCUAUCUUGCAGCUGCGAGCCACCGACCUGGACGUAGGGGUGAACGGGCAGAUCGAGUACGUCUUUGGGGCAGCCACUGAGUCGGUGAGGCGGCUGCUGCGUCUAGAUGAGACCUCAGGGUGGCUCAGCGUCCUGCAUCGCAUUGACCGUGAGGAGGUUAACCAGCUGCGCUUCACCGUGAUGGCCCGGGACCGUGGGCAGCCCCCUAAGACGGACAAGGCCACGGUGGUGCUGAACAUCCGUGAUGAGAAUGACAAUGUGCCCACCAUUGAUAUCCGAAAGAUUGGGCGCAUCCCACUGCGGGAUGGAGUGGCCAGUGUGGCUGAGGACGUGCUGGUGGAUACCCCCAUUGCCCUGGUGCAGGUAUCAGACCGGGACCAAGGUGAAAAUGGUGUGGUGACCUGCACCGUGGUGGGUGAUGUGCCCUUCCAGCUCAAGCCAGCCAGUGAGGGUGAAGGGGAGCCGCAGAACAAGCGCAAGUACUUCCUCCACACCUCAGCUCCUCUGGACUAUGAGGCUGUGCGCGACUACAAUGUGGUGAUUGUAGCUGUGGACUCAGGCAGCCCCAGCUUAUCCAGCAACAACUCCUUGCUGGUGCGGGUCGCAGACACUAAUGACAACCCUCCCGUGUUUGGCCAGGCCGUGCUGGAGGUUUCUUUCCCAGAGAACAAUCUGCCCGGUGAGAGGGUGGCCACAGUAGUGGCCACGGAUGCAGACAGUGGCAAGAAUGCCGAGCUCACCUACUCCUUGGAGCCCUCACCCCUCUCCUCAGAGUCACCAAGCGGCAUCUUCAGCAUUGACCCCGACUCUGGUGAUGUGUCUGUGCAGGUGGUGCUGGACCGUGAACAGCGUGACACCUAUGAGUUCCAAGUAACGGCCCGAGACAAGGGGGUGCCAUCACUGCAGGGCUCCACCAUGGUGGUGGUGCGUGUGGCAGAUCGCAAUGACAAUGAGCCGCGCUUCAUGCAGGAUGUGUUCACUUUCUACGUGAAGGAGAACCUGCAGCCCAACAGCCCCGUGGGCAUGGUGACUGUGAUGGACUUUGACAAGGGACGCAAUGCUGAGCUAAGCCUCUCCAUACAGCCCAGUGAACAUGACCAGGCAACUGGCAUCUUCUCCAUUGAAAAUGACACGGGAACCAUCUACUCCACAGUCUCAUUUGAUCGGGAGCAGCAGACCAGCUACACCUUCAAAGUGAAGGCAGUGGAUGGGGGCGAGCCAUCACGUUCGGCCACCGCUACUGUGUCCCUCUUUGUAAUGGAUGAGAAUGACAAUGCGCCCACUGUCACCUUCCCCAGCAACAGCUCCUACACUGUGUUGCCGCCCUCCAGCAACAUGCGCACUGUAGUGGCUACGGUGGUUGCAACUGAUGCUGACACCGGCCUCAAUGCUGACCUCAACUACAGCAUUGUCGGAGGAAACCCCUUCAAGCUCUUCGAGAUUGAUCCAGCCAGUGGCGUGGUAUCACUGGUGGGCAAGCUGGCCCCCAAGCACUAUGGCCUGCACCGCCUCGUUGUGCAAGUGAAUGACAGUGGCCAGCCACCCCAGUCAACAACUGCCCUGCUCCAUGUUUUCGUCAAUGAGAGCUUGUCCAAUGCCACCGUGGUGGAGGGCCAGGUGGCACGCAGCCUCCACACACCCCUGGCCCAGGACAUUGCUGGAGAUCCCAGCUACGAGCUGAGCAAGCAGCGCCUCAGCAUUGUCAUCGGUGUGGUGGCUGGCAUCAUGACUGUCAUCCUCCUCAUCCUGGUGGUGGUUAUGGCCCGCUACUGCCGCUCCAAGGGCAAGCAUGGCUACGAGGCUGGCAAGAAGGACCAUGAGGACUUCUUCACCCCACAGCAGCACGACAAGGCCAAGAAGCCCAAGAAGGACAAGAAAGGCAAAAAGGGCAAGCAGCCCCUCUACAGCAGCAUCGUCACUGUCGAGGCCUCCAAGCCCAAUGGGCAGCGCUAUGACAGCGUGAAUGAGAAGCUCUCGGACAGCCCAGGCAUGGGCCGCUACCGCUCAGUCAAUGGUGGCCCGGGCAGCCCCGACCUAGCCCGGCAUUACAAGUCGAGCUCACCACUGCCCACUGUGCAGCUGCACCCGCAGUCCCCCACUGCUGGCAAAAAGCACCAGGCCGUGCAGGACCUGCCCCCUGCCAACACCUUCGUGGGUGCUGGUGACAACAUUUCCAUCGGCUCGGACCACUGCUCCGAGUACAGCUGCCAGGCCGGCAGCAAGUACAGCAAGCAGGUAAGGGCAGCGCCCCGCGUCGGGCACGCACACAUGCGAGCACACGGUCAUGCACACACAUUGCAUGGUAGCAGUGUCUGGCACCAUCAGAUGCAUCACCCCUUCAGUCCGGUGCCAGGAGCAUACCUGGACACACACCAGGCAGGAAGGACGGUCAGGGAUAGCUGUUUUUACUAUUUCCGUUGUAAAUCCCACUUUGCAGAGCCCACACCGGCUCUGUGGUACCGCCCCUGGGAGGUGCCGGGCACGGAGCCCCCCUCCCUCAGCGCAGCCGGGCUGGGGGCGGACCGUUAACUCAGGCGGCGAGCUGCGCGCAGCCCGGGAUGACCUUUUGUCGGCUCCCGCAGCCCGUUAUGUCCCGUUGUUGGGGAGGUGGGCAGAAGCACCGCCUGGGUUGUCCUGCGGAGCCCAGAAGUCUCACUCGGGUCUGAGCCCCAGGCAGGCGGGGAGCUCCGGCUGGGGACUGAAAGUUUCGCAUUUAAGGGGGUCAUUGAGAGUGGGUGUGCAACCGCCGCGCUGAAACGCUAAUGGCUGUAAUUAUCAGCUCGUUCAUUAGAAUCGCGGCGCUUUCACAAUCUAGAAAGCCUAUUAAUGGUCUGAUAUACAUCACUGAGAUUUUACCGAUGUUCAGCAGUUGCUC